AUGGCCAACCUUGGGUUUCAUUUUUCCUUCUCCACGUUCUCACUGCUUUGCUGUCUCGUCGUCUGCCCAAUUUUUUGUCACACCAAUUUCACCAAAAAUGAUGAAUUGGCACUUUUCGCUUUCAAAUUUUCUGUGAGCAACCCAUUCAAUCACUUGACUAAUUGGUCCAACCCUUCCUACAUUUGCAAUUGGGUUGGGGUUACUUGUGAUGCUAACAUUGACAGAGUAAGGAUAUUGAAUAAUCUUGCUUACAUGAGUCUAAUGGACACCUUACCCUCACAACUAGGGAAUUUGUCAUCCUUUGUUGAACUUGACCUUCAUAGUAACAACUUUCAUGGUGAGUUACCAAAGGAGUUGCUGCAGUUACACAGGUUGAAAAUUCUCAACUUGAGCUCUAAUGAAUUUGAUGGGAAACUUCCAGCUUGGAUUGGAGGUUUAUUUGCUCUUCAACACCUGAUUUUUCAUAUUAAUAGUUUUGAGGGUGUUAUUCCUCCAAGUGUAUCAAAUUUGUCAAAGUUAGAGACACUAGAUUGGACCUUUAAUUUUAUCCAUGGAUCUAUUCCACUUGAGAUUGGAAGGCUUCAACAUUUAAAGAUUUUACUUAUAGCAAAGAACAAUCUUUCAGAAGAAAUACCUCCAACUAUUUCUGGCUUAUCCUCACCUGAACAGAUGUCAUUGUCAUACAACUCCUUAAUACGCAUGUUUUUUUCUGAUAAUAUCAGAUAA